GCGAACAUUGUCUGCAUUUUCUCCAACCAUAGACAUUAAUUCAUUAUACGCUGCCUUAUUCAAGUUUUAUUAGGAAGUAUAUACCGUGAGCGCCGUAACGUGCAUCGGCGCAUCCACCACCACCGUCACUUGGUUUAGAAACCCCUUGAAAGGCUAUUAUACCAACAAUGCCUCCUUUGCAUAUGCAGGCUCACGGCAUCAUCCUAAUGUUGCUGUUCAACUUUACUUUAGGAAAUAACAGAGAGGACGAAUCGCAACCGCAUAACCCUGGCAUAUUCAUUCCUUUCCCACGUUUCUCCGUGGAGCUCAUGACCCGCGACCAGUGCCUACUGCAGUUCACCACCAACUGCGCCCCGCCCAAUCUCGCUCGCUCCAGAUGCGCGACCCAGCACGGUCUAAUGCUGGCUUGCAGUUCUUCAGCAAAAGCACCAGAGAUCAAGCAGCUAGCCUUUUCCUUAUCCAAGCCACCAUUAAAGGCAAUUUCCGUCAGCCUGCAUGAUGGAGAACACAUCAACUCCGGUACUUUGUCAGCCGUGCGCGACCAGACACUCGUGCUUCAUUUGCACAACUGCACGUCGUCCCGCGUAACAAACAAGCUGUCCCAGUUGCGCAUGCCGCAUCUACUGGAGUUUGGACUGCAUAACUGCCGUGAUUUGAACGUGCGACGAGCCGAUUUCUAUCAGUCUAGAAAACUCCGAUUGAUACAAUUUGUCAAUACCACGGUGGACGUUCUGGAAGCGGACACCUUCACGGAUCUGCCGGCGCUACGCUUGCUAUCGUUAGAGAGUGGUUUGAGCGGGAUGGAAGUCUUCGAUAAUAAUGUGCAGGUGUACAUCGCCAGACUGCACUGCAGUUGCGAAUUCCAGUGGUUUCGACGAUGGUGGCAAGCCAAUGGAUUACUGCGUGAAGCGUUAGAAGGGGAGAUCUACAACAUCCCGUACGAUUCGUGGCGCAACUGGAAUGUUACCCGCAAUGAUGUUGUUUUGCCGGUUGACUGCUCCAGCCUUCCCAAUGGAUCCGCGUCCAUCGACUUUACACAACAAGUGUACUCUGCGAAUGAGGAAUUGUAUAAAGAAAAGAGAAAUACAGAAUGCUAUACCACCACAACGAGCACUGGUAAUGUGCAUAGUUACCCACUGUUCUCCACCGAGCCAAGAACCGACAAAGAGUGUCGUCUAGUGUUGACUUAUCCGUGCGCUAUGGAUAGGCUGAUGUGGGAUGUUACUGUCUGCGCACCGAGCGUAUUGGAAUCGUAUAAUGCGAGUUAUGCAAUGGAUGUUAUCGAGUUCUACAAUGGUACAAACGCGACUUUUGACACACGAUCCUGCAGCAUCGAGAGGGUACUAACGGACACCAAACGAUUAGUCACCGUGAUGGCUAAGCAGUCCCCCUGGGCGAUUUUGCUCAGUAUGGCCGAAAAAGAAGUGACCGCACUCCAGAUGGCCGAUCUGCAGCCAGUGCGACCUCUGAUUAUCGCUUUUAACCUUCUGAACUGCACCACCGCCCGCUGCACGAAUCGCAUAAACACACUCAAUCUCUUCAAUCUGGUACACGUGGCUAUGAUGGACUGCCGGGAUUUAGACGUCAAGCGUAAAGACUUUCAGCGUACCAAAAAGCUGCGCGUUAUCGAAUUUUGGAAUGCCACCAUCCGCACACUGGAGGUCAAUGUGUUUAGUGAUUUGCCGGCCGUACGCGUUGUGGCGCUGGAAUUGGAUAUAAUCUCCUCGUCAGCCCCCGUGCCAGGCACCCCGGUGGAUGUAUUGGACCAUCGAGUCCGCGAUUACUUGUUCCGUCUGCACUGCAGCUGCGAGUUUGCCUGGUAUCGGGAAUGGUGGCAGAAUAACACGGCACCGUUGCGCCACACCGAGGUUCCUGAAGGGGGAGUGUACAUAUUCCCAAGCAGCUGGCAAAAUCAACAAUAUCGCCGUGGGGAACUCUUUCUUCCCAUCGACUGCGCCGUCGAAAUUCCCACGGCAGCAGCGUCGGUCAAUCUGACUCAAGAGGAAUUCUCCCGCAACGAACCCAAAUGUUAACCGAAUUUUUCGCUUCAACUUCGCUACAACGCACUCAUGACUCAACCGAAACUUUAAAUUGGUAAUAGCGUGUUUUCGCUCGUUGGUACCUAAAGCGGUGACUUGCUUUCCUGAAGAGCUAAUACGUUUGAAGGUUUUGGACUGGUAUUUCGUUUGCUGGAUAUUAACGCUCGCCAAAUAUACCAAGUGCUCAUACUUUGUAAAUUAAUUAUGCAAGUAGGCUGAAGUAGCUAUCAGAAUAACAUCCGAAAAUUGUUU